GCCGGCCUCAUCGGCUGACCAUCCUUCCCUCUCUUAGCGCACCGAGAUCACCUGCAAGUGUGAGUCUUCUGCUACUUCACAACAAAGCAGCGACUGACGAGCGCCUCCUCCUCACAGCGUGCGGCUGCCACCUCGGCCACGUCUUCAAGGGCGAGCGCUUCAACAACCCCGUCGACGAGCGGCAUUGCGUCGUGCGUACUCGAGCGCGAGUCACUGCUGCGUCUCUCGCUCACACUCGGCCCACAGAACGGCAUCUCGCUGCGCUUCGCCGACGAGCAGUAGGGUCGUAUGUAUCGCUUCGAUCGUGUGACUGGAAUGCUACAGGUGUCUCGUCUGUGUCGAGAUGAUGUGAUCGCGUCGUGUGAGGUAUCUCCGUGUGCUUCGCCACUCGCUCUUGCCCUGCUCUCGCCCCUCCAGCGCGCCCUCCUCAACCUCCAGCUCAUCUUUCUCAUCCUGCUCCUCAUCUCCGCUCUUCUCGCCGUCCAGCAGUCCGAUGAUGCGCUCGCAGGCGCGUGCCAGCUCCUGCUCGACGCGCUGCGCCUUCUGCUCGACGCCGCUCAUCUUGCCGAGCGCCGAGUCGAGCUCUUGCUGCUGCGCGGCGCGCAGCUUGAGGAUCUCGGCGGCGUGCGCUUUCUCGCACUGCAGGCGCUUCUCCUCCGCCGCAUCGAGGUGCGCCUCGAGCUGAGCCUCUUGCUUGGCCAGCAGACCGAUGCGCGUGAGCUGCUCCUCGUUGAGCUGUCUGAGACGAGCAAGUGCCGUCUGAUGCUCGUCGUUGAGCGCGCGGAUCGACGACAGGGCACUGUCGUGCGCCGAGAGCGUCGACUGCUGCUCCUCGGCUGCCUGCGACAGCUUCUGCAGCUCGCUCGAGCAGCGUUCGUACUGCUCUUCCUGCCGAGUGCUGAGCCAGCGCUGGCGCUCGACCAGGUCGUCCGACGCGUUGCUCUGCUCUGCGUCGGCGCUUGACGCAAUGGCAUGCGUGUGACGCUUGAGCGCCACGCUGGUGUCGUGCAGCGUGCGGUCGAUGUGGCUGAUGCGCUGCUCGGCGGCUGCGGACUUGGUGUUGAGCCAGACGCCAAACUUGCCGAGCUCCUCGAGGCGCUCCUCGAUCGACUUUUUGCCGUGCUCGCGGCCGCACAGCGCUGGUUCGGCCUUG